AUGGCUUCUUUAUCCUUUACGUUACUCCCAGAAGCUCUCAUGCAGCUCCGUGAUGUGCUAAUAUGUCUGUCUAAAUUCAAUGAAACUGUCUCAAUUGAAGCAGAGCCUGACUGCCUGCGCUUGUCGACGUUGAAUGCUACCAAAUCCGGCUAUGCAUCAUACAAAUUUGAUGCAACGCCCUUCUUUACAGAAUACUCCUAUAACACAUCUGGGAAUAAAGAUAAAAAUGGACGGGAGAAGGUUUCUUGUCAAAUAUACAUCAAAGCGUUAUUGUCUGUGUUCAAGGGACGGGCCAUUGACUUCAAAGAUAAAGAUACAGCAAUUGAGCGGUGUGUGACCCAGUUGUUUGACAGCCCAGAUGAGUCGGAAUGUCGACUGGUCGUUCAGAUGAUUUGCAAGCAUGGGGUUCUCAAGACAUACAAGCUUACCUACGAGCCAGCUGACAUUCAGCAUGCACUGUUCGAUAAAUCAGGUGCUCAGAAUCGGUGGGUUGUUGAUUCAAAGCUCCUACGUGAAACACUAGAACAUUUUGGUCGUAGUGCAGAGCAUUUAGAUAUCUACCCCGAGGACGGGCGGGCCGUGUUUACUAGUUUUACAGAGAAGGUGAUGGCUGGGACAGAAAUACUGAAACAGCCAGUCCAUACAUCAGUGGCAAUCGAGACGCGGAACUUUGCUUUCUUCAGUGUCGAAGAAGGGCUGCAUGUUGCUAUCAGUGUGAGGGAUUUUCGGGCAAUUAUUCUACAUGCGGAUACGCUCAAAGCAAAUAUUACUGCUCGAUAUACACGGCCGUGUCGGCCACUUCAGUUUUCCUAUGAUUUACCUGGGAUGACGUGUGAAAUCACACUAAUGACACGAGGCGAGGGCACCGAUGAGACGGAGUCCGUUCCGCCACAGGCCAAUGCGGCACGAGAGCUUUCAGCACGACCCAUUGAACAACCUAUUGUCAAUACUAAUGCAGAGAGAGGUGCUAGUAUUCGAUUAUCUGGUAGAGAACAGCAGCAACAGGCGCAGGUACAUAAGCAGGUACAGCCCCAAUCACAAACACAGAUGCCGCCACCAGCCUCCCAAAGACAGGGAGCGAAGCCGAUCACAUCGCUUGCGCCCGUUGCGCCGAUAGAUCAUGAGAGCUUGUUUGUUGCAGCGGACGACGACCGCCAAUGGGAUGAGCCCCACUACGACGAGGAGCAGGAAGACAUGCUUCGAUGGGAUGCGAAUCUAGACCAAGAGGCAUUGCGGCAGAGCCUCGGUGGGACUAUCCAAGAUAAUGUAUCAAGGGUGGAACCGGUUUCUAGGGAAGACGAUCUCAAUGCCAGCCCUACGGAGAAGGACGACGAAAUGAGAAUUCCACCAACUCAGCGAAUAUCCCAGAUACGCGGUCUAUUCGACUGA